AUUUUUAAAUUAAAUACGGAUGAAAUGAUUUAAAUACGGAUUAUACUACAAUCAACUAAAUGUAGGCGAAGACAUGGAUAAAGAAACAAAACAAUAAAUGAGAUAUAUAUAGAAGAUAUAUUUGUCAAACAAUAACGAAUACAAUAACACAAUAAUAAUAUCUCGCUUGAGGUACGUACGAAAACAAUAAACGUUUUAUUAACAUAUCUAAGAUACAAAAACCACGUUAAAAGUAUUUUAAGCAAGACAUUUACAAUAUUGAACGUGACAAUGCAGUCAAUACUUUAUGCCGUUGAUAUUACGGUUUGUAGAAAUCACCAUGAGCUUACCUCGAUGGGAGAUUGAUUAGUAAAAAUAAAGAUCAACAUCCUUGCUUCAUGGGCGAAGACGCCUUUGCAAAGCAGUGUAGGGCAGUUAAUAGAAAUAAUUCUAUGAUUCGAGUUUAGAUUCAGAAAUCUACGAAUCUACCUAUAUGAGAUAAUAUCUGAUUAAAUUAAACUAAGCUUAUUUCUACGCGAUUACAAUAAUUGAAUGUAUGACCAUAACAUAAUGAGAAAAUACCUAGAAUUUUAUUAACCUACUAACAUAAUCUGUCACCGUUAUUUUAUUACAUUUUAGUAAUUAUGUAUGUACCACUAAGGCCCAGCGCACACCAGGAGUGGCGCGGCGAAGAUACUGAGAACGUAUCAGUUAAAACUCAACAUUAAACACUUGACAUAUGGUUGAAAUUGGGAUGCCAAAAUUGAAUAGCGCGCGGCGUGUCGUUUAGCUGCCACGAGAGCCUUCGAGCGACGACGUGAAUCAUUAAUGAGGAUAAACUCAUAAACAUCAACGAAAACUAUCGAGUGGAAAGUCGCGCUUCAGGGCUCUCGAAUCUCGAUGGCUCUUGACCGCGCUUGGAGUCGAUCGGAUUUCGCGCGCGGAUUUUGGUUCGGUAUCUUCGCCGCGCCAUUCCUGGUGUGCGCUGGGCCUAAUUGUUCUAGCAUUUUGAGUGCGAAGGGUGACUCGAGUGCCGCCUGCCCUCCGGCCCACAGACGCGGCCAGGGCGAGGUCGGCCCAGAGCGCGGCCAGCGCGGCGCGGGCAGGCGCCGGCUAGAGCGCGAGCGCGCGGGCGAGGUCGGCCCAGAGCGCGGCCAGCGCGGCGCGGGCAGGCGCCGGCUAGAGCGCGAGCGCGCGGGCGAGGUCGGCCCAGAGCGCGGCCAGCGCGGCGCGGGCAGGCGCCGGCUAGAGCGCGAGCGCGCGGGCGAGGUCGGCCCAGAGCGCGGCCAGCGCGGCGCGGGCAGGCGCCGGCUAGAGCGCGAGCGCGCGGGCGAGGUCGGCCCAGAGCGCGGCCAGCGCGGCGCGGACAGGCGCCGGCUAGAGCGCGAGCGCGCGGGCGAGGUCGGCCCAGAGCGCGGCCAGCGCGGCGUGGGCGGGCGCGCGACGCCCCGCCAGCGCCGCCAGCGCGCCGCGCGCCUCCCUCACGUACGCGCGCGCCACUCGGCUCUCCUGCAACAACUUGUUCUUCAUUCUUCCAGUUCACGUCAAACUAAAUACCAAAUCACCUUACUAACUUCCAAUGGUAGAAGCCUAAACUUCUUUUACCAUCGUCCAAUUAGUAAAUCUUAA